ACACGAGGGCGGAAAUAGAUUCGACUAAGUCGUUCGAAACUGAAAUUGGCAAUCGACUGAGGACGCUCCGUGAUAUUUGAUGAAGGGAGAUUGAAUUCGGAAAACCAAGGACGAUUUUAUUGAAGUAAUCCUUGUUACAUUUUGUGUUGAAGACGAGAUUUUUGUUGGGAAUCAUGCAAAGGUAUCUUGCAUUUGCAAUAUUGGCACGAAGUCAACCUUAGACAAUGAAGGCGCACAGUCUACUUCCCUUUUGCGUUAUAUUAUUGUCGUUGCUGUCCUCUGUCCACGUUUUCUCGUUAGGAAAUCACUCUCGAGCAUCGCAUAUAACAAUUUAUCCAAGGAGCGUCAACAAUUCAUACUUUGCCUUAAGGGGCUCUGUGUUUCAGUUAAACUGUACUGUCAGAUCUGGAUUUGGACAAGUUCUGAAUGUCUCCUGGAAGCACAAUGACAAGUGGUUGUUUGACAGGAUAAAACAAAUUGAUAAGUCAACAGUUCAGUUGCAAGUAUUGAAUACAAGUACACUUGAUAAUGGAUUUUACUGGUGUGGUCUAAUAUCUGGUAACAAAUCCCAGGGAGUGAAUAUCUCAGUUACUGUGGCAGACCCACCAAGUCUCCCGCGUAAUUUAAACUACAAAAUCUAUGGUGCAUAUCCAGAUACAGAGGUCUGGAUACGGUGGUCAGCUUCUCACUAUACUGGUGGUUUAGUGGUUAAUUACUCCAUCAAAUUGUGCCAUGGCAAUGGUGACUGUUCAAAACCUCCCUGCAAGUUGAUUGACAUGAAACGAUGCCCACUUGCAAACAUUCGCAGCACUACAACAAAUUUCAGGUGUAUUCUGAAAGAUUUCGUAUACACCUUCGGUGACUGUCAAAGUGACUAUAAUGUUUCUGUAGUAGCCACAAAUGCUGUUGGAAGUGCACAAAGCUCAGUCUACCUGCCAUAUAUUACUCAAAGUUCAGUCAUACCUUGGCCUCCAAAAGAUUUGAGUGUUGAGCCCACUGAUAGAGAGGGUGAAUUAAUGGUACGUUGGAAAGCCAGAGGCUCUUGGGAACUAUCAGAUCAAGAAUAUAUGGUGCUCUAUCAUGCUAAAGGGGAAAUGGAAAAUAAGACAAAUAAGGUAUCCAAUAAAGAAUUUACAAAGCUUACUAAACUGAAAGACUUUAUGGAGUAUAGUAUUUACCUUGAGGUCAGAUUAGGAGGAAAAUCAAACUGGAGUGAAGCUACUGGGCCAAAAAUUGUCAAGACAAAAGCAGGCAACCCAGACAAUCCACCAAAAGUGAUCAGACAUCAUUCAGUCUAUUUUCCAGAUAAUUCUGGCCUCAGGAAUGUAACAGUAGUGUGGGAACCUGCAGAUAACUCUUCAUGGCGAGGCACUCAUGGUCAGUACAUCAUUUCAUGCACUUUCCAUGUUAACCAGAGCAAAGUUCCAGGUUGCGAAUAUACUACUGAUGCCAAGGCAACCAACUUAAUUCUACCGAGAUUGGAAAAUGCACUCAGCUACGAUGUCUUUGUGACAAUCCGCAAUAUGGAAGGAAAGUCCAGCUCACGCAGUGAGCCUCAUCUUAUUGAAAAAGUGCAGGAAAACAAAACACUAACUACCCAGGAAGGGAAAUCAAGUAGCAAAGGAAUUGCUUGGCUUAUUGCUUCAGUUGUCGUAGGAUGUUUGAUAGCUGGAGUUGCUCUUUACUAUGUGAGAAAAUGGACGCUAAGGCCAAGCCCUCCGAUGUCAUUGAGGAACCUUGAACUCGACCUGCCGCAAUUUUAUGACUACCCCAAUGAAGAGGACUGCAGUGACCCUGAUGGAGACUACUGUAAACUCUAUGAAAAGUAGUAUUGGUAUAAAAGAUGUCGUGUGAUUCUGCUACACGCUGAGAUAAUAUUUUUAUAAAUAUACCUUCUGACCCUAUCUCUCCUAUAAUAGUAUUUUUGAUAGAAGACUAGUUAGUAUAAGUGACUGUUAAUGCGUCGUGCGGAACUCUGGGAGUCAGGCGCGAUGAAGUCCUUCUGUUUCUUUAACACUGCUUUUAUUUAUUCGCGCGACGGACUUUGCUGAAAGUAGGGACUGCUCAUAGUCUAGGUAACGAUCGCAUAUAAAAACCGGCGACGUAGUAUGAGUUGGUGGCUCUCGACCGCAAAGAUUUUAUUGGUGUGUUAGUUCAAAAUGAUUGCAAUGGUUUUUAAACGCUGUGCACGGGCUGUGACGCGGAAAAGCUAGCAGCAACAUUUAAACCAAGAAUCUGUGGGGUUCACAAAGCAGUCACCUCUGCCAACCAGGAAUAAGAUUUAUUAGCAAAUCUUAUCUUUGGAAACUAAGUUAGUCUUUAAAAUGGAUGUAUGGCGAUUCCAAAACAUUUAAUAUAAGAGGAAUGAUAAAAGACAACAAUUCAUUGCACUUAAGAUAAUCUUUGUUCCUCUAAGUAACUUAGAGCUAAGCAGGAAAAAAGAGACCUACGAAAAUUUUCGGUUCAUUCUAAACGUGAGGUAUACACAGUUUUUAACUUUCCGUUAGUUGUGUGGGAUCAGUUAAUGAAAAUGUACGGUCUCUAAUUGAGAAGCUGCCUGAAAUAUUUGCUGCAACAAUUUAUGUGGUAAAAUUUACCCUUCUCAAAUGACCAUAUUUAUAUAGAAAAUUGGAAAAAAAGAUUUUUUAAAAAUGUUGAAAAUGAAUUUACGUAAAGAUGCUUUCCUUUUGAGAUCUACAGUUCAAGAAUUCGCUUGCCUCCAACCCUCUCUUGUGCAUUCUGUGUUACUUCGCCAUUCAGAGGGAAGAACGCUGGCUCUUUUUCCAAAAGGCAGUUUAUAUAGGCCCUGAAAUUAUUGUAAUAAGCUUUUUAUUUUAUUUUAUAAUUUUUACACCUUUUGUAGAUUUGUUAUUUAGGAAAAGUUAAAUAGAGUCAACUUCAAUUGAG